AUGGAGGUGACCACCGUGUCCCCAUCUCCUGCCUCACCCACUGAAGGAGAUGAUCUCUGUGAGACAGAUGUCACCAGCAUGGCCAUGCACAGUGUGACACUGCUCAUCUGCCUCUGUGGGCUGGCUGGGAAUGGGGCUGUCAUUGGCCUCCUCAACGUGAAAAGCGGGAACACUGGCUUCUUUGACCUGGCUUUCUUUGACUUUCUCUUCCUCCUCUUUGCAGCCCCCUCCUCCCUCCUCUUCCUGGUGGAGGACAUAUCCUGCUCUCAUAUCCUGCCCCUGCUGUACCUAAAUUUCCUUUUCCAGCUCUCAGUGGUGUCUUUAUACUGGGGGCUCUUCUGGCUGAUGAACAUCAGCGAUGUGUGGUAUAUCAACGAGCUCUGCAAUCUCUGCUGCCGCUGUGACCUUCCUCCGCGCCUACUGUGGGUCCUGGACAGGGUCCAAUUCUGGGCCUUCUUUGCUCUCUUCAAUGUCAUUCCCACAGUGACAUUCCUGUGCCCAUCACACCAGCAGGAGCACUGCCGGGCAGCUCUCAUCUCCAUGUACACCUUCAACCUCCUCUUCUUUCUUGCACCUGUGGUCAUUUUUCACACAGUUGAUUUCAUUAAGGCCAAGUGGGGCUCCCAGAAGCAGCAACCCAACAGGCGUGACAUCGUUAUCCUCAUCAUUGUGCUCCUCACUUGCAUCAUCUUCAUCUGGAAUUUCCUGCAGCAGCUUGGUUACAUCACUGUGUCCUCAGAUGUUGUUUUGCUGCUCACCUGCAUCAACAGCAGCAUCAAACCCUUCAUCUACUUCCUGGUGGGCAGGUGCCAGAGGCCCUGCUCUGUGAGAUCCCUUCGGCUCUCCCUCCAGAGGGUCUUUGAGGAGACAGAAGAAAACACUGACCACAGUGAUGAUCCUGACAUGGACACGGGAGUGUGA